UCCCACUAAGAAAACACCAUGCAUGGUGACUGUUUGUCUACACCAGCUGAAGACUUGUCCAUAUCGUGCUUACUUCUCUCGUAAGACUACACGUUUGGCAUGGAAGAAAGAAAGAGAAAAUAUUGCUGAGGAAUGCCAAGAGAUGUACCCAUUCAUCUUAAUGCUGGAACAUAUCAAAGUAUAUUCACAAAGAACGGGAGAAAAUAGAGUUUUUGAUGUGGGAAGGCAGCUCGGAAAAGACUACAAAAGUAAGGCUGGAGUGCGAUGAAGAAAUCCUGUGCUCAGAGAUUCUGUAGCUGUUUUCUUGUGCUCUUUUCUAUGAGAAUGUAUACCUUUUGCUCCGGUGUCGCUCUCCACUCUCUGGAGAGUCAAAAAGCUGUGGACGACUGUAAUAAUUAGGAGAAGGUGAUGAUGUGCGAAUUCCUACCUGUACAGGUAGAGGAAUAUUGAAAUGGAUCAGAGAAAGGCCAGCGAGAGGCUUUUGUCCGUUCUCACUCUCUCUCGAUCUUUCAUCAUACCAUCUUCUUUCACUUCAGUGAUUGCGUCCUCUUUGUGAUGAAUUGUUCUAGUGAUUGGCUUCCCACAUCAUCGAGUGUUUCGUUGAUCCAAGACUGUCCGAAUGAUAUUUAGAGGUCCCAUGUAGCUGAAGCAGCUAAAAGGUGAAGGUCUUUACAUCAGACACUGGAGAAAGAGCAAUGUUUUGAGUUUUGUGGUACAAUGCAGCUUGACAGGAGUUUUAUCUCUAGAAUCUCUCAGCUAGUUAAGAGAGAGAUUGUUGGUGCUGAAUAAAAGCCUAUAGCUGCAGGAAGGGAGAUGGGGAACUGUGGAAGGAAUGGAGCUGUGAGACGAUACAUUCGAUCUAAAGUUCCUCGGAUGAGAUGGACGCCUGAACUACACCACUGCUUUGUUCAUGCCAUUCAAAGGCUCGGUGGCCAAGAGAAGGCAACACCUAAGCUUGUGCUCCAGUUGAUGGAUGUUGGAGGACUAACUAUAUCCCAUGUUAAGAGCCAUCUCCAGAUGUACAGAAGCACGAGGAACGAAGUAGGCAAGCAAGAUUUGCAUGAAAGAAAGCACUCAAACCCAGGCAAUGACAAAGUUGCUGGUGAGCAACAUGGUCUUGGCCCUUGCCACGCUUCAGUCCCCACCGAGGAGUUCCAGUCGCACCUUCUGUACUCUCCUCUUUCCCCUUUAAAACGGAUUAGACUGGAUACACAAACCAGUUCGAAAGGUAUGCAAGACUUGACUGUGGAUACCUCCCCGUACUCGGUUGAUCAUUACAUGCAAGACUUAACUGUGGAGAGGGGAGCAAAGGAAGGUCUCAGCUGGCAAAGAGAAACUGCCCGGGCUGAGAACCACUUCUCCAAGCUUACAGCUUUCAGAUACAUGGUGGACGGAUGUGAUCCUUCUAAGGCCACCAUAAGAAAUGAUCAUUAUCUCAUGCCUGCAAACAAGUUCAUCACCAAACAGAUCUGUGGGAAUGGAUGCCUGUCAUGCAAACCACCAUCACAUUACAAUGAGUAUGUGGAGAGCGAGGAAGCUAACGAUUGCUCUCUGUCGCUGUCCUUGUCGUUGAACAGUGGAGCCAGUUGUGCAUGCUCUUCUUCCUCCAGCAGAGACUUCACUGACCACUCGAGCUACUCUGGUGGUGACAGAGUUAAUCUGGAUCUCUCCAUGUCUAUCUGUGAAACUUAAACAGGUUGCCUGAUACAUAUAUCUCUUGUGACUCUUCUCCCUUCUGUGGCCAUUGUUUCCAUUUAAUGGCCAUUGUUUCCUUGUAAGGAUUUACUCGGUUCAUUCGACAGGUUGCUAAAAGCUUUACUUUACAUGAAUCGUGGCGAAGAUAUGUAAUGAGCUUUAUUUACUCCUUACAAACCAUUGUAAAAAGGGCGACAAAGGAUUCUAAACUUCCGUGAUGUAAUAAUGUUUGUAGCUUCCAUCA